UCCAAACAGCUGCCUUCACUUUUUCUCUAUUUUCAUUUCUCAUACAAUCUUUCUAUUUGUUUCUUCUUCUCAGAACCCAUAGCUUAAACAGAGAGACCCCUACAUACUCUCUUUUUACUUCAGGACUGCGCGAGACUAUAAACAGAGUGAAAUCUAUAUACAACUUGUAGUUCUUGUGAUUCUUAAAACAGCAAUGGUCGACGUGGACCGGAGAAUGACGGGUCUCAACCCGGCGCAUAUAGCCGGUCUACGGCGUCUCUCUGCCAGAGCAGCUGCUCCAUCAACAGCACCUGUUCGUAACGGUUUAGUUUCCUUCUCUUCUUUAGCAGAUAAAGUAAUCACCCAUUUGCGCAACUCCGCUAUCCAAGUCCAACCUGGUUUAUCCGACGUUGAAUUCGCACGUGCUGAAGCCGAAUUCGGUUUCGCUUUCCCUCCCGAUCUUCGCGCCGUGCUGUCCGCGGGUCUACCUGUCGGCCCGGGUUUCCCCGAUUGGCGCUCCACAGGCGCCCGGCUCCAUCUCCGUGCUUCUCUUGAUCUUCCUAUUGCUGCAAUUUCUUUUCAAAUAGCGCGAAACACACUCUGGUCUAAGUCUUGGGGGCCGAGACCAUCCGACCCGGAAAAGGCAUUACGGGUCGCCAGAAAUGCGCUUAAGAGAGCUCCGCUUUUGAUUCCCAUUUUUAACCAUUGUUACAUUCCUUGUCAUCCUUCUUUAGCUGGUAACCCUAUUUUUUUUGUUGAUGAGAAUCGGAUCUUUUGUUGUGGGUUGGAUCUAUCCGACUUUUUCGACCGUGAGUCUCUCUUCCGGAGCUCCGAGUCUGACCCCGUUAUUUUAAAGAAGCAAAGAUCAGUCAGUGAGAAAUCUGCCGGGUCUUCCACGAAUUAUUCGCGGAGGAGUUUGGAUACGGGUAUAGCAUUCGGGUCGAGAACACCGAGAUGGGUUGAGUUUUGGAGCGAUGCGGCCGUUGAUCGGAGGAGAAGAAACUCAGCGUCGUCUUCGUCGGAGUCAUCUUCGCCGGAGCGGUUUUUCGAUAUGCCACCGAGAUCCGAGAUGCCAACAUGGGUUAAUGAGUAUAUAGAGCAAAUCGGGUCGGUUUUGAGGGAAGGAGGGUGGAGCGAAACGGAUAUAAGCGAGAUUGUACACGUGUCAGCAUCUGGUUUUUUUGAAGGUGAGAUGGUUAUGCUGGAUAAUCAAGCAGUGCGUGAUGCUUUGUUAUUGAAAGCGGAUCGGUUUUCGGAUUCACUUCGAAAAGCUGGGUGGAGCUCCGAAGAAGUAUCGGAUGCUUUAGGGUUUGAUUUUCGACCGGAAAAGGAAAGGAAACCGGUUAAGAAAUUGUCACCUGAACUUAUUGAGAAAAUUGGUAAAUUGGCUGAAUCGGUUUCCCGGUCAUAAUUACGGCACGGAGAUUUUUUAUUUUUUUCUUCUAAAUCUUUUACUUUCUUUAACUUUUAAAGCCUUGGGGUUGGGUUUUCCCUUUUUUAAAUAGUAAAAAAAAUUGAAAAUAUAUGGGGAAACGCGUUGUACUAUGAAACAAAACCUAUAAAAAGAAGUUCAGAUUACCAUAUUGUUUAUAUAAUUAUAAUGUAUAAAUAAUUUAUUAA